GACAAUGAGUGGAAAAAAGGAGAGCGACGAGGAGGUGACGGCUUUCAGAAGAGUUCUUCCACAAGGAGAGAUAAUCGAUACGGAUCAUUUAAGACACAAAAAGGAACCUUUUUCUCCUCUGAAUCACUCAGGCCCGUUAAAGCUUGCUGUAUGACAAAAUAACUAACUGCAAGAUACUUGCUGUAACUGCGAAAAGCACUUUGCAGCUCAGCUUUGGACUGAGCGUUGCUUUUCCGACUUUGGUGAUCCCGGCCAUCGCCAAGCCGGACUCUGACUUAACUCUCAACAAAGACCAAGUGUCAUGGCUCGGUGUGUGGUUUAUUUACUUCAACAGGAAGUGUUUUAAAAAUUAAUCUUUGUACUUCCAGGUAGCUUGUUCUUUAUCGUGAUACCUUUUGGAUGCCUCCUGUCCGGCCCAUGCACGCUCAGGUUCGGCAGAAAGACGGUUAUGAUCGCCCUCUCUCUCCCGUUCAGCGCUGCUUGGUAUUUCUACAGCGAGGCGAGGACGGCGGCGGAGCUGUUCGGCGUCGUCACCCUCCACGGCCUCAUAAACGGCCUUCUCGAAGCGCCUAUCCUGACCUACGUAGCGGAGGUGUGCGAGCCCGACUGGAGAGGUACCCUCGCAUCGACGUCCAUCCUCUUCAGCCUAGCCGGCGUCUUCCUCCAGUUCUUCAUUGGGAACUACCUCGACUGGAGAAAAGCAGCCCUGGUCAACGUGGCCGUCCCGCUCGUCUCGUUCGUCUCAAUCUGUCUCAUUCCUGAAAGCCCCCAUUGGCUGAUAAGUCGCGGUAGGCUCGGAGAUGCGGAGGGUUCUCUCAGGUGGCUGCGAGGAUGGGUCGGCCCGGAGGCGGUCAAGAAAGAGUUGGAGGAGCUGACGACCUCCAUACAAUCCGUGGAAGGAAAAAGGCCUUUCGCCCUUCGACCCUACAUGAAAGCAUCGUUCCUCAAGCCCUUCUCCAUGGUCGUCGUUUCUUUCCUUAUCGGCCAUUUCAGCGGCAUGUCCACCCUACAGACCUACGCUGUUGGUAUCUUCGAAGAUCUGAAAUCCCCGGUAGGUGCAUACAGCGCGACUGCUGCGGAAGGCCUCGUCCAGUUUUUCGGGGCAUUGCUCUGUGUCUGUAUCCUCCCGUUCAUCGGCAGAAGGCUCCUCGCGAUCACAACGACCGCCACGACGGGAGUCUGCCUCAUCUUUUUAGCCAUCGUGGGAGAAGGCUGGCCGGCCGUCGUCUUCCUCCUCAUUUCAGUCUUCCUCAUCAACAGCUGUUCGAAAAUCUUCCCCUGGGUGCUGAUCGGAGAAGUGUUUUCGCCCGACGUGAGAUCCGUGGCGAGCGGUGCUGCGUCCUGCAUCGGCUACGCCCUGGGAUUCCUCGUCAACAAGACUUUCUUUUUCAGCGUGAGCCUGUUCACACUUAGAGGCCUCCUCGCUUCCUACGGAGUUGUCAGUCUCCUUGGAUCUCUUUACUAUUUUCUACUUUUGCCUGAGACGGAAGGCAGAACCCUCGACGAGGUGCAAGAGCAUUUCAGAGGCAACCUGGACCUGACGAAGGAGAAAAGACGAAGGGCGUCUUCCGGUGUCACUAACGACGCUUUCUCCCCCGAGCCAUGAACAACCCAGCAUAAUUAAAACAAUUAACCACUGUGAUAUUUAACAUAUGAAUUUAAACAUUAUUUAUGUUUUGGUUUUAUAAUCAGUAAUUAGUAAGCAGAGUUCCGGAAGUUUGUGGAUGAUAUUUAGGAACAACUUGAAUCCAAUCGACUCCUAAGAGAGUUUUCAAUUGAUUUCAUAUAAUGCCUUGUCAUCAGGUGGUAAUCGUUUCCAUUCGAAAUGAACUUUGUAAAAACUAUAAAUAUUUAUUUUGUCUA